GUAUGAGAUCCUUUAUGUGUCUCUUAGAGCAAUGCAUCCAGUUGUUCUAUAUGCAGACCUCACUCUGUGCUUGGCGUUGGUGGUCUGUGCACAGAGUCCAUCAUGCCCGUCUCUGUGCACCUGUGUGCUCCAUGAUCGCAGUAACUCCAAAGGACUCAGAACUGUGCUCUGUAAGAACCCAGCCUUGACUGCCAUUCCAAUUGAUUUGCCAUCUGAUACUGUCAAAUUUCGCCUAGAGCGCACCUCUGUUUCCAGGAUCUUUAGAGGCGCUUUCUCUGCAAUGCCAGAACUGCUUUAUUUGUGGCUUACAUACAACUCCAUUACCGUUCUACAUCCAAGGAGUUUUACAAACCUGUCUUCCCUUCAUGAGUUACGAUUGGACGGGAACCUUUUGUCCACCUUCCCCUGGGAGGGACUCAGAGAUGUGCCCCGCCUCCGAACACUUGGACUUCACAAUAACCGCCUGGCACGAAUCCCACCCCUGGCUGCGCGUUACCUUGGCAAUGUGACUUAUCUGGACCUCUCGAGCAACAGGCUAAGCACCCUUCCCAAUGAUCUGAUUGCUCUCUGGCCGCUCAGUGACGCCACUCAAAGCCAGCGCUCAGUGGUUCUAGGUCUUCAGGACAACCCCUGGGUGUGCGACUGUAGGCUUUCCACCUUGCUUGACAUUAGUAAAGCCCCGGAAUCCUCUCUGGUCCUGUUGGAUCGGUUCCUGACCUGUAGUGGACCGCCAGAUCUCGCUGGAGUUCCCUUUCAGAGUGUGGAGCUCACUCGCUGCCGCAGGCCCUACGCGGUGACCUCUGCCACAAAGAUCACAGCUUUACUGGGUAGCAAUGUUCUACUUCGCUGUGAUGCAACAGGACACCCGACUCCAACAAUUAUGUGGAUAAAAUCUGCCAGACCCGACCUUUACAACCAAGAUGUACAUGAGUCUCCACGUGUGGGAAUCCGUUGGUCGGCGGUCAGUCUUAAUGGAAUAUCCUAUAGAGAUGCAGGGGAGUACCGAUGCAGAGCACAAAACAUGGCAGGGAUAUCCGAGGCCAUUGUCAGUCUGAAUGUGGUCGGGAUAAUGGGGGAAUAUGCAAACUCCAAAAACUCUGGUCGACAGCAAACAGUUGCGAAAUCAGACUAUUCACAGAAGAAACCCAAACAGAAAUCCAAGGCGAUACCUUCUUUGUUACCUCGAAACAUGACUGGAAAGCCCUCCCUUCCAAAGAGAGUCAUAAAAAUCCCCAAAGCCAGCAGAGACAAAAUGAAAAGGGACAGGACAGCUGUACAGAACCUGCCACAGAAACACUUUUUGAUUCCUUCUGAAAAUCCACUUCACAAAAAACAAACACCUCAUGUCUCCAUGUCAAUUCUCACCUGACACAUUUAAAUGUGUACUUUCAGGAGGUUUCU